GCAUCACACAAUCUAGCCAACUGGGUAGUGAGCUGCGACACCAAGCCAGAGUGGGAGCUCAAUGACAAUAAGGCGAUCAAUGAGGUGAUCCGCUAUCUAGUUGAGGCAAUCAAUCAGGCAGCUGAGCAAGCGACACCUACAAAACAGAUCAGUAUCUACUCACGAGUGGGCUACACCUCAGAGAUGGCGAAGCUUAAACACCACGCAACAGAGUCAAUAGAUGGAUUCUGGAGAAUUGCCCGUUGGGUCCGCAAUAGGGGCAAACCACGUGCCACGUUUACCCCAACGUUACACUACAAUAACACGA